AUGGAAACAUAUAGCAAGUACUUGAAAUAUACAACUUCAGGAGGGUUGAGAAACAAGGAACUGUACAAAAUUUCAAAUGGCCUUUAUGUUUCACAGCUACCAGAAUUAUCAGUAGCAGAUUACAUAAUAUGCAAAGAGCGGAACCGUAACAAAUUACAUAAUGUGAAUGGAGGCGUAUCUGUAUGCAGUAAGUGUUGGGGCCUUGUCAGUGUCGUAAAGGAAAUUCAAGAAAAAGGAAUGGUCAAAGUUAGUGAGACAUUGAAGAAGUAUUUCAGUGGAAAUACUUACUCUAGUGAAGAGGCAGUUCGAAAGUUUAUGAGCCUUCCAGUCGUUAUUUUUGAGUUAGGUGACGCCAGUAAAAGAACACAGACACUGUACAUGAUAGAACGACAUGCUGGAGUUGAUUACAUUAAAUACGUUGAGUUACUCAGGUCUGCUAGUGGUGGUAUAGACACUAGCUGUUCUUCAAAUAGCAUUAACAAGGAGAAACUUAAGGCCUUGUGUGAAUUGGCAUCUUCCGAAAAAGAUAGAAAACUUAUAAAAUACGCUAUGUGUGGAGAUUUCUCUAACAAAACAGCCAAGAAGUAUGGACUUUCUGACUGGAACAGACAAAAGGAUGAAAUAGAAAGUUCUGUAGAAAGGAGUAAAGAAAUAAGGGAAGCAGUAAUUGAGCUAGCUUGCUUAGAAGAAAAGACUGUUCUCAGAAGUUAUGGCAUUGAAAUUGAAAGUGACAAUGAGAGCAUUAUCUCCAGAGAAUCUGGAGAAUCCUGUGAUUGGAACAGUGAGAAAGAAAGCGAUUCAGAGGGAGAAUCAGAGGGUGGUCAAACUAACAGUGAAAGAGAAAUGGCAGACUGCCGAUUAGACAAACAUUCUGAAGAGUACAACUUUGAUCCUGACAGACUACAAAAGGAAAGUACACCACUUAUUUCUGAUGUGCCAUCAUUUGAUAAUUUAGUGUUCAUUUUGCGACAAAAUAAUCUGAAUUGGUUUUCGUUUGUUGAAGAAAUAAAGUCAACUAUUCGCAGCCUCUCUCCUGAGGCAAUGAGCCAGCUUUUGAUUGACUUUGCCCACUACUUGCCUGUAAGUGACUUGAGCAACGAUGAAGAGAGAGAAGUGGAAGAUUCACGACAGUCAUUUCUGCUAUACUGCAGAGGGAAAAUGUGUGCUCUGAUUCAGAAUCAGACAAUCCAGAUGAGUGGAUAGAUGUUGAUUUAAGAACUGAGGCUGGGAAAAAGUUGAUCCAGAAAGAAAGAAGAAGGAUCAGGCAAAAAGCAAAUCAGCAAGCUGCGAAGCGUGUUGCAGAGGAAUGCCUUCUGAGACGAAAAAUUCCUAAGCGUGUAGGACGUGUUCUUAGAGACUACCCUGACAUUGGAAAAGAAAUUGAAAAUUUUGUUCAAUCUAAAAGAGUAGGUGCUGACGCUUGGCGACGAACAGGGAUUUUGACAUUUGAUGGAAACGUGAAACAGGGCCAGAAGGUAACAUACAAAAGAAUAAAACAGCAUCUAGAAGAGAAAUACAACACUUUAGUUAUGGUACGAUUGUGCAGCUAUCUGUUGUGA